AUGGAUAAGCCACAUUCAAAUAAUUACCAUAUCGCCAUCGUGGCGCCUUUGCCAGAGGACUACGAGACAGCCAGAGCCUUGUUGGACGAACCCGAGCCAGAGUACCUUUUGAAAAACUCGGGAGCUGCAUGCUCCCUUGGAAAAGUUGGCUCACACAAUGUCGUCCUAGUCGGAAGAGCUGAGGACAUGACCAAUGUCUCCGCUUUCGUCAAUGUCGCUGUCGACCGUUUACUUGAAACUUACCCAUCUAUUCGAGCUGGAUUCUUAAUUGGAGUCGAUGCUACAGCACCUGAAGAGAGCCUUGCCAAGCCGGGCGAUAUUGUCGUAGCAUUUCCGCAGGAAAAUCAACCUGGGCAAGUUCAGUUCGACGUGGACGGAACAACUAUUUCCAGUCGCAUCUCUAUCACUUUUGAAAUCAAUCACCUGUCCUCAUGUAUCAAGUCUGUCAUCAACACUAUCCAAUCCCCGGAGGGGCGCCAGCACUGGGGCCAAUAUCUGCAGGAUCAAUCAUCUCGAACAGAAUUUACUCCCACAAAGGAUCAGCAGCCGCUGGAACAUAAUAUACCCAACAAAGUUCUGCGGGGAAAAGUCGCAUCCUCUGCUCAUCUCCUAUCUGAUCGUGAUUUGGCCAAAGAGGUCGGGUGCGACAGCAACAUCAUGUGCUUCGAACGGGCCGGUGCCAGUAUCAAAUCAAGAUUUCCAAUAUUGACUGUCUGCGGUAUACUCGGCUUUACAGGUUCCUCUUCUCCAAACCUCAAUGGGUCUGCGCUACGUCAAAUCAAAAUGGCCACAGUCAUUUAUACCAUGUUUGUCUCUCAUCGACUCAGUACCGCCCAACUUGAGGACGAAUUUGCCUUUACAGAUCGAUUUCAAUACAAGCAAUUCGAUUUGGAGAGUGCUGGAUUUCGAUUGGUACUCCUCGAGAAGGGCACUCAACCUCAAUUAAGGUGCCGAAUUGUACAAGCGUACCUUGACGAGAAAGUCAUCUUCACGUACGAAGCACUGUCUUAUUCUUGGGGAGGGAAAACAACACAGCAUGAGAUCGUGAUGGAUGGAAAGAUUUUAUUAAUAACUGAGAGCUUACACGAUGCUCUUUAUCACUUGAGGAACCCCGAUGAGGAUCGAAUGCUGUGGGUCGAUGCUCUCUGCAUUGACCAGAACAAUAUCAAGGAGCGUGGCCAUCAAGUUAACCAUAUGGGAGAGAUCUACAAAAAAGCCGAUAGAGUCAUCAUAUGGCUUGGAUAUCUGAGUGGAGGCAAUGUUGCUAAAUUCAAAUCUGCAGUCGACAUUUUCAAAGAGAAGCUACCGUUGGGCGCUUUUCAAGAGUGGGCACGUCAAGACGAACGCUGGCAACAACAAUGGAAUCAAACUGAAGCAAGCAUAGGACUAUACUCUCACAAUGAGUUAGUAGAUGGCCUUCAAAUUGUCAUGGGGAAUCCCUGGUUCUCCAGAGUUUGGAUCCUACAAGAGGUGGCCAACGCGAAAAGGGCGAUUGUGGAGUGCAAUCUUGGGAACAUUCCGACAAGAUUAUUCGCCCUCCUACCACAUGCUAUGAACGUCCAGGUUGGCGAACAAUGUCAAGCUGUUCUCGACAUUAUGCCAAGUCCGCUCAAAAGCUCAUCCUGGUGGAACCAAGAUCGGAGCCUCUGUAACUUGCUGUGGAAGUUCAGAGAAUGUCAAGCCACGGACCCAAGAGACAGGGUCUACGCAUUACUCGGAAUGUCUUCUGAUCUGAAAGACACUGGAAUGAGCGCUGAAUAUGAUAAAGAUGAACGAGCGGUAGUGCAAGACGUUUGUGAUUAUCUGUUAGGGGACGUGUGCCCCGCUCAACAGUCGCUGGUCACAAAUAUCAGAGACCUGCAAGCACAAUUACCUGCUGUAUCUAGAGACCUGCUCCUACAGAAGAAUCAACUGCAGCCAACCAACAGCUCACUGACGGCUUUCUUGAGACGGCAGGCUGUGAUUGAGACGAUAGACAGCGAGGAUUUUCUUGACCUCGUGCAACAUGGAAGCCGUAUUAUGCGUUUAUUCUUGGACAAGAGUAAAUCGCCUAUUCAAAUCACUCAAUACACAGCACUCAAGGUUCUAGAGACAAGCAUAGAUGUCCUUGAGUUCCUUUGGAAGAGUCCAGAUUUAAUCAUCGAGUCUUUGCCUAAGUUUGUCGCCAGAGCCAUGGAAUAUGACGCAGAAGUCAUGUGUCGACUCCUUGGGUCAUCCUCGAACCCAGAACAGUCAACAGAUCAUGCCUUAAUGGAAGCAAUAUCAAUCGGUAUGCGUUCAUGUCAACCUUUCCUCAAGUACUGUAAUCCAGCCCCCAAAAUAACAGCGAAGCUACUGAGGAAAGCAAUGGUUUCCCGUCCAGAAGUGUUGCCGCAUCUUAUGAGUGCCACUCCAUCUCCAGUUCAGCUCCUGGAAGACAUUUACUUUGAUACAACAACUGAACACCCUAGAGGGUUUAGAAUCAUCGAUGAAGACAACCAACCCAUCGAGAUGACAAAAGGACUGAUAAUCAAGGGCGCAGAGGCUGGUAAAGAUGUCCUUGAGAUUUUUCUAGAAGCCCUUGAGAACCCUAUUGAACUAGAAGAGGAUCUUUUCGCUAUUGCGAUUCCCAGUGGCUUACAAACACUCGAGUGCCUGAUCAGACACGGCAAAAGUCCAUUCAAUAUAACAAAAAGAGUAUAUCAAGAAGCAAUCAAAGCGGGAGGUGAUAUACUAGAUCAUCUCUUCCCCAAUUCUGCAAGGGGCAUAAGAAUGACGGAGUCUCGUGUUUUUGGCCUUUUUGAGGAACUAAAAGAAGUUUCAUGGAUGGAAGAAAGUACCUGGGAAGAGCUUUUACUUCCCAAUGACAACAUAAAGGAAAAGUUGCAGAUCACAGAUACAUAG